AGGCUCUUCCGGGGCCCCGGAGCCGUCGGAGGGCGUUCCUGUUCGGGCUGCAGCGGCGGGAGGGAGCCCAGUGGAGGCGCCCUCCCGAGGCACUCCUGCCCAUGCUGACUGCCCAGCCCUCCAGCUGCUGAUGUCAUGAGUAACACCACAGUGCCCAAUGCCCCCCAGGCCAACAGUGACUCCAUGGUGGGCUAUGUGUUGGGGCCCUUCUUCCUCAUCACCCUGGUCGGGGUGGUGGUGGCUGUGGUAAUGUAUGUCCAGAAGAAAAAGCGGGUGGACCGGCUUCGCCAUCACCUGCUCCCCAUGUAUAGUUACGACCCCGCUGAGGAGCUACACGAGGCUGAGCAGGAGCUACUCUCUGACAUAGCAGACCCGAAGGUGGUGCAUGGCUGGCAGAGUGGCUACCAGCACAAGCGGAUGCCCUUGCUGGAUGUCAAGACCUGAUGCCCUUUCCCUGAUCUUCAGAACCGUGGGGUCCUGGAGCGUCCAGGGCUGUGGCCUGCUCUCCCCCCUCCCACUUGCUCUUCCCCACCCCUCACCCCCCACCCCCAUCACCUCACUGCCCCCUAGGCCUUUUAAGUCCUUUGUGGGCUAUGCCUGUUGUCCAUCCGAGGCAUAAAGGGAGACUUCUUUUGGGGUAACUGGGGGGCAGGGAGCUUUGCUUUCUGUGGGGCCCACUUUCCUUUAGCCCUCCCUGACCUGGCUUUUGGAGUUUACGUGGCAGCAAGGCCUGAUGUAUAGUAUUCAGUAUAUAUAUUUUGUAAAUAAAAUGU